CAUUCUCUUAAAGUUCCUUCUCUCUUCACACAUAUCAUCAACUUUUGGAACUGCAGAACAUCGCAAGCAUCAUCGCUAGGACGUGUCAAAUCCAUCAUCAUUGUAUCAACUUCUUUUGCUUGACUACUCAAAUAGGCACCCAAGAAACGAAAAACUUCUAUAACAUGGUCUAUUCCUAAUACUCGUAGCCACAAGUAGUGUCUUCGCCCAAGGCUACGGGAACAUUAAUCCAAAUCAAGCUCACCAUAACAAAUUGCCACGGGUAGCAGAUGCAGCACGGCCAACAGCAGAGUCACGCCCAAAUCUUCCGCCAAUGCUCCCAGAGUACAAGGCCGAGAUCUUCCAGUGCCAAAUGGGAGCUGAGAUGAACGGUUACUGCUGCCAGACCGUGACCAAGGAUGGUGUUGGCAUGGGCUGCAACAAUGCGACUCCCCUGAUAGCAAACUUCAUGCAGGAGAUCAUCACUUUCGAUUGCCCAAUGAUAAUUAAGGAGGUAAAGCAGAAGAAUACAAUCGGUGCAUGCUGCUCUCCCAAUGCGACCAUGGUUACUCCAACAAUGUCUCUUUACAAGUGCCAGGGAUCCACUCUUACCAGAAUCGACGUCGAAUCUAAGAAGCCGUCUGUUGUGGGACCAGUGCUGGACACCCUUGAGGACUGAAAGAGGCGUGCGGCGUGCUGGGCAUCAGAAACGUGGUGUAUUACAGACAGUAAGGAGGUACUUUGACGAUUAUGAGGUUCAAGGACUAGUGGAGGCGCUCUGGCACAUUGUUUUGACACAGG